AUGACCACAAUGGAUCUCCGCGUCGGUAACAAGUACCGCAUUGGUCGAAAGAUCGGAUCCGGUUCCUUUGGUGACAUUUACCUCGGUACCAACAUCAUCUCUGGCGAGGAGAUUGCCAUCAAGUUGGAGAGUGUCAAGGCCAAGCACCCUCAGCUCGAAUAUGAGGCACGCGUCUACAAGUCCCUUGCUGGCGGUGUCGGUAUCCCCUUUGUCCGCUGGUUCGGUACCGAGUGUGACUACAACGCAAUGGUUCUGGAUCUCCUCGGACCCAGUUUGGAGGAUCUCUUCAACUUCUGCAACCGCAAGUUCUCGCUCAAGACGGUUCUUCUGCUCGCCGACCAGUUGAUCUCCCGUAUCGAGUACAUUCACGCCAAGUCCUUCAUCCACCGUGAUAUCAAGCCCGACAACUUCUUGAUGGGCAUUGGCAAGCGCGGCAACCAGGUCAAUGUGAUUGAUUUCGGUCUGGCCAAGAAGUACCGGGACCCCAAGACCCACUUCCACAUUCCCUACAGAGAGAACAAGAACUUGACCGGUACCGCUCGAUACGCUUCCAUCAACACCCAUCUUGGUGUCGAGCAAUCCCGUCGUGAUGACAUGGAGUCCCUCGGCUACGUCAUGCUCUACUUCUGCCGCGGCUCUCUGCCUUGGCAGGGUCUGAAGGCUGCCACUAAGAAGCAGAAGUAUGACCGUAUCAUGGAGAAGAAGAUGACCACCCCGACCGAGGUCCUCUGCCGUGGCUUCCCCAACGAGUUUGCCAUCUACCUCAACUACACCCGAUCGCUUCGCUUCGACGACAAGCCCGACUACAGCUACCUCCGCAAGAUCUUCCGAGACCUCUUUGUCCGCGAGGGCUUCCAGUACGACUACGUCUUUGACUGGACCGUCUACAAGUACCAGAAGAAUGCUCAGGCUAUUGCUCAGGCUGCUGGUCAGCAGGCCGUUGGCGAUGACGACAAGGAUGCCCGUGCCCGUGGUACUGCCGCGGCUACUGCUGGCCAGCCCUCUGCCAAGCCCAACGCCAUUCCCAGCUCUCGCCGCAAGGUGAUUGAGCGUGGCGCCCCUGGCGUUGACACUCCGGACACCAACCGUGCCGUCGGUGGAAGCGAUAGGAUGUGA